AUGGCGGAGGCGCUGCAGCUCAUUGGGAAAGCUAUUGGAAAUGUUCUCCGUAUAGAUACCUUUACGGCGUCGGAAACUAGAGGUCGGUUUGCAAGGCUGUGUGUGCAAGUUGAUGUGGAAAAACCUCUAGCUACUGCUAUUAUGAUAGGGAAGCUGGAGCAACAGAUUUGUUAUGAAGGAAUCCAAAAAAUGUGCUUUGAGUGUGGCCGUUUAGGUCAUAGCAAGGAGCAUUGCCCUCAUGUUGUCCGGCAAGGACCGUCGUACUCGGAGGCCGGAAUGAAGGAGGCGGGUGAGACGUGUUUUAGCUCACGGUUUGCGCAUGGUCCUGACGAAGCAAGGCGUGGGGAGGGGACCAGUGGUGUGGUGCGUGACUCUGAGCAAAGUACUGAGCAGGUGGAUGUGCGGGAGGAGGUGUACGGGCCUUGGAUUGUAGUAGAGCGCAGAAAAAAUAGUACAAAACCGUUGAGAAGUAGUGGGACUUUGCCACGGCAAGGGAGUGUGUUAAAUACCAGAUCAUAUGAAUACGUGGAGAAGGGAGAUGCAGUUCGGGCUGCUGGGAUUGAUGGGUCUAAUAGAGAGUCUAAGAGGAAGAUAUCGCCCAGUUUUGUGGAUAAGGCCCGUUUUGCCUCUGUGGUCCAAAACAUUAGGCAGGAGGACAAGGCCCACAUCCAACAAAGCCCACGUUUGAUGUUGAAUAGGAAAGCUUCAAGUCAGGAUGUAGACCGGUCCAGUGCUUUUCCAAGUUCACAGAGACUUUCAUCAGUCAAAGGAAAGAAAGGGGCAGCUCGUAAAAAAUCUCAAAAUGGUGACCAAGGCAGCGCCGGUAGGGCGCUCUGUCCUAACCGAUCCGGUUUCAAGCAAGCUCAGGGUUGCGCCGUUUUGGUUGGAGUUGAGGGGCAAAGCGGAAAGGGUGAUGAGCAGUUCAGUUUCGGUGGUGUGGGUGGCGGUGAUGGUGUCUGUUUCACUGCCGGUGCGGGAUCGUCGAGGGGUGACUCCGGAGAGCUGGGUUUUUGUCCUGGCCAAGUUCCGAGCAAGGCUGAUGAGUUUAUUGGGGCUUCUUCAGUUUUCACUACUCAAGGAGAUGUGGUGGAUGAGCAGAUCGGUAUGGGAGCUAGUGUUGAGCUUAGGGAGCUGCCUUCAAGCGGAGACUCCGAUUCUAAUGGAGAUAUUCAAGCGGUUGGGAGAGGUUUGGUUUCAGAUAUCUCUAGCCAAUGUGCUAUGGAAGAUUGUGAGGCGGAGGGGAUGGAGUUUGAAGCUAGAGGCGGGGUUGAGAAGUCUCAAGGUGCUCUUAAGCCCUCUUUUAGGAAGCGUGUUACUGAUUUGGUGCAGAAAUUCAACCCAUCAAUUUUGGUUGUUAUGGAAACACGUAUAGGGGGUGAUAGAGCUAGGGAGAUCACGAAUUUGUUGCCGUUUGAUGGAGCUUUCCAUGUUGACUCCAUUGGCUAUGCAGGGGGUCUUUGGGUUCUGUGGAAUGCUGACAGAGUUGAUUUAGCCUUACUCGCAAGUACUGAGCAGGAGGUUCAUGCGGAGGUAAAGGUACGUUUCACAAACACUAGCUGGUUAUUAUCUGCUGUGUAUGCUAGUCCUAGGAAUGAUGAAAGACAAAUUUUGUGGAAUAAUCUGAUGAAUGUGGCUGAUUUACAUAAUAUGCCUUGGGUUAUAGCUGGUGAUUUUAAUGAACCUCUCCUUAGUGAGGAUAAAUUUGGGGGUAGGGGGGUGAGUGUAAAUAGGUCCCUUUUGUUCAAGGAGUGUUUGGAUAAAUGUAAUAUGAUGGAUAUUGGUUUCGCGGGUCCCCGUUUCACUUGGACAAAUAGGAGGAGGGUUCAAGCUUUGAUCCAAGAGAGAAUUGACAGAUUUUUUGUUAACCCGAACUGGUGUGUUUUGUACCCUGAUGCAAAAAUAACUCAUCUGACUCGGUGUCACUCGGACCAUUGUCCUGUGCUCCUGGAGUUGCAGCCGAGAACCCAAAAUGGGAGGAGUAGGCUUUUUCGGUUCCAAACUGGCUGGAUGUUGGAUCCUUCCUUUUUUCCUUUAGUGCAUCAGGCAUGGGAAAGGAAUGAUGGGCUGGUGAAUGCCAUUAAUUGUUUUACUCGGAAGGCGAUGGAGUGGAAUAAAAAUCAAUUUGGGAAUAUUUUCACUAGGAAAAAGAACUUGAUGUCGAGGCUGAAUGGUAUUCAAAGAUCUCUAGCUUUACGCCCAUCGGAGUUUUUGGUUAAUUUGGAAGAUGAGCUUCUUAGGGAGCUGGACCUUGUGCUGAGACAGGAGGAGGAGUUGUGGGCUUUAAAAUCUAGGGUGAAUUGGAUGAUUCAAGGGGACCGUAAUACGACCUUUUAUCAUGUGUCAACUUUGGUUAGGCGUAAGAGGAACCAAAUCAUGGCUAUAAAGAAUUCAGUGGGGGAGUGGAUUAUUGAGGAGGGGGAGAUAAAAGACUUCAUUAGGUGUGGCUAUGAUCAGAUUUUCGUUUCUUCUCUAUCUUCUGUUUCUAGGAUGGAUCCCGUUGGCUCGCAAUGGCAGCCUAGACUCUCGGAGUUGGAGAAGGGAAGUAUAAGUGGGGGGCCUUCUGGAGAGGAGGUAAAGGCAGCCCUUUGGUCCUUGAAGCCUUUCAAAGCUCCGGGGCCGGAUGGCCUCCAUGCGGGGUUCUUCCAAAACUUCUGGCAUACCGUGGGCAACUCUGUGAUUGAAGAGGUUCAGAAGAUUUUUGCUGAUAGAAGAGUUCCAGAGGUUUUGAAUAGUACCCACAUUGCCUUGAUUCCAAAAAUUCAGGGGCCGGAAACUUUGGGGAAUUAUAGGCCAAUUAGUUUGUGCAAUACAGUGUAUAAGGUGGUUACUAAGAUUAUUGUGGCAAGGUUGCGGCCUUACCUAGACAAACUCAUCUCUCCUAUGCAAACGGCCUUUGUGCCGGGUCGUAAAGGGACUGAUAAUGUUAUUAUUGCCCAAGAGGUGCUUCAUUCCCUUGGGAAAAAGAAGGGAAAGACCGGAUAUAUGGCUCUUAAGAUAGAUCUGGAAAAAGCUUAUGAUAAGUUAGAGUGGAGCUUUAUUAGAGAUAUGCUGAUUCGUGUUAAUCUUCCUAUGGACAUCAUAGAUGUUAUUAUGAGUUGUGUGUCUACAGUUUCUACUUCUAUUUUAUUCAAUGGAGAAGCUCUUGACCCAAUCUUUCCCUCUAGAGGUAUAAGACAAGGGGAUCCGAUUUCUCCGUAUCUGUUUAUCAUCUGUAUGGACUUUCUUGGGCAGCUGAUUGAAGAGAAGUGUAGUGAGAAGUUAUGGCAGCCAGUGAAGGCUUCUCAGAGGGGCCCUAGUUUCUCGCAUCUUUUCUUUGCAGAUGAUCUGAUUCUUUUUGCUAAAGCUGAUGGGGUUAAUUGUUCAACCAUUAGAGAUGUUUUGGAUACUUUUUGUAGUAUGUCUGGCCAAACGGUGAGUGAAGCUAAGUCAAGGGUUUAUUUUUCUCCAAAUGUGGAUAGGGAUACUAGAGAAUCCCUUUGUGAUAUUUUGGGGUUUGCAUCUACGCCAUAUCUUGGUAAGUACCUUGGGUUUCCUCUAAAGCAGCCGGGCUCCUCCUCGCAUGACUAUAACUUUAUUUUGGAUAGAGUGAAGCAAAAAUUGUCCGGGUGGAAGGCAAAUCUUUUAUCUUUGGCGGGCCGUAGAGUUCUCAUUCAGUCUUCUCUAGCUGCCAUCCCGUCGUACAUUAUGCAGUGCUCCUAUCUUCCGGGAAGGGUUCUGGAAGGAUUGGAUAGAGUUAAUAGGAACUUCCUUUGGGGGUCUACAAACACAGCCAAGAAGAUUCAUUGGGUUGGUUGGGAGAAGGUGACUAAACCAAAGGAGGAAGGGGGUUUGGGGCUGCAAACAGCCAAAGGUAGGAAUGUAGCCCUCUUAUCCAAGCUUAACUGGAGAUUUCAUACGGAGGGUGAGGCUCCGUGGGCAAAGGUUUUGAAGUUGAAGUAUUGCAAUAACCGGAGGAGAGUAGCGAUAAAUGCGGACAAACUUCCUUGUUCAUCUAUUUGGGCUGCUAUGAAGAAAGGGAUGGACACUUUUAAUAAAGGUUGUAGAUGGUUGGUGACAAAGAAUAGCUCUUUGAAUAUUUGGCAUAACAAUUGGACUAAUGGGGGUUCCCUUAGAAAAUUGAUUCAAGGUCCUAUCUCCCAAGAAGCCAAUCUUUUGGAAAUUAAAGAUUUUAUGCUUGAUGUGGGGUGGGAUUGGGAGAAACUAACUUUUGAAUUACCAGAUGAAGUUAAGGGUUUGAUUUGUGCAAUUCCCAUCUCAACUUUAGGUGAAGGCAUGGACAAGAUGGUUUGGUCCGGAUCACCUAAUGGGUCUUUUAAUGUGAAAAGCGCUUAUGGGAUGGCAAUGGAGUCCGCAAAUGUUACUGUUCUUUCUUGCAGCUGGGUUUGGAAGGCAGAUGUGUUGCCAAAAAUUAAAAUGUUUCUUUGGUUGUGUGCCCACAAUAGUAUCGGUGUUAAAGUUUGCCUUGGAAGGAGAGGAGUGGUUCAAGAUGAAGUGUGUCCUGUUUGCUGUAAUGGGGAGGAGACUAUUUUGCAUGCUUUGAGGGAUUGCUCCCACUUGAAACAUGUGUGGAACCAGCUAGGGGUCACGGCUGCUAAUCAUGAGUUUUGGCAUGAGAAUGUGGUGGAUUGGUUGUCUCUGAAUGUUAGGAAACGUGGCAAAAUGCAUAAUUCCGGUAUCCCUUGGGAAAUUGUUUUCCCCUUUGCUAUUUGGUCCAUUUGGAAGAGUAGAAAUGAUAUUGUUUUCAAUAGGAAAGGUCGGAGUCCUAACUUGGCUUUAGAUAUUGUGUAUCAAGCUAAUGAGUAUGUGCAUUGUGUGGCUGCCCCUAGAUUGCAAUCUCGUAGAGUCUUAAGGAGCAUUAGGUGGGAGAGACCUGACUUUGGGUGGAGGAAGCUGAACACAGAUGGGGCUUGCAGUGAGCCUCACGGCCUGGCUGGUUGUGGGGGAGUGGUUAGGAAUGAGGAUGGGCAGUGGGUAGCGGGUUUUAGCAAGCGCAUUGGGAUCACUAGUAGUUUUGCUGCUGAGAUGUGGGGGCUGCGUGAGGGGCUUAAACUGUGCUGCAACUUAAACAUCCGCAGUCUUGAAGUUGAGAUGGAUGCCAAGGCCAUUGUUGAUGUGCUUCAGAAUACAGGUUAUGUUAAUAAUGUUAUUUCUCCUAUUUUAGAUGAUUGUAGGCAUCUAAUUUCUCUUUUCCAAAACGUCCGUAUUAAGCAUUGUUUCCGGCAAGCUAACCAAUGUGCGGAUGGCUUAGCUAGGAUGAGUUUUAGUUUAAUUGCUGAUUUUCUUAUUUUUGAUAGUCCGCCUAUGGACAUUUUAGAUGUUUUUGAGGGAGAUCUCAGUGGGAGGUCUUUCAUCAGGUCUUGUACUGAACCUUGUUUUGGUUUUUAG